CAAAAAUUUCCCUUUCUCACAAGGGAAUAUUGAUUCCGAUAAAACGACUCGCCGCCCCAAGGAAGGAGCCAAGCCUUCGUGUCCCUUUUUUCAGUUUUUGCUCUGCUUCUCCAACAAGGUUACAACUUUCAACCGACCCGUUUGGCUCUCCCUCUCCUUCUCUCUUUGUCUGUAUCUUCUGGGCUUUUCCCCCCUUCCUCCGCUUUGCUUUCUCUUGCUUGCAUGGCCGCUUCCAGGACGCGCCGAUCGACAUCGUACCGUGGAGGAGACAUCUCUGACUCCGAAAAGAUGGAGUCUUCCGCCGGCUGGGACGAUGCCCUCGAUUGGCUCAAGCUUGAGCACCAGUCGGUCUCCCGCUCUGUUUCGCUCCCGCGUCACGGCAAUUACAAGUGUUUGCUUGAAGGAGAACGCGUCCUAGCUGAGGGACAUGGUGUCGUUCUUGUUAAUACAGACGAGGCAGGCACAGUGGUAGUGACAAAUUUUCGUCUUAUGUUUCUGAGUGAGGGGACUCAAAAUACUGUGGCACUUGGCACAAUACCACUGGCAACAAUUGAAAAGUUGAGCAAAUUGGUUGCAAAGAACCAAACAGCUCCACGGCAAUCUGACAAGUCUACUUCAAGACGGCUCCUCCAGGUUAUUGGCAAAGAUUUGAGAAUUGUAGUCUUUGGUUUUCGCCCUAGAACAAAGCAGAGGCGUCUUAUAUAUGAUGCCCUACAGAGAAGUUCGAAGCCUCUGAGAAUCUGGGAUCUUUUUGCAUUUUCCAGUGGCUCAUCAAAGUUCAGUAACGCAAAUCCAAAAGUGCGGCUGCUGAAUGAGUAUUUUCGACUCCUUGGAAAAGGUUCUUAUAGUGCAACGAUGAAUAUGAUUGAGAAAGAGUCUUAUAUGAAAUCUAAUGAGCUCUGGCGGAUCAGUAAUGUGAAUUCCAGCUACUCAAUGUGCCAAACAUACCCAUUUGCUUUGGUUCUUCCAAAAUCCAUCAGUGACGACGAGGUGAUCCAGGCAUCCACCUUCCGUGCUAGGGGUCGCUUGCCCGUAAUUUCAUGGUGUCAUCCAGUCUCUGGGGCAGUCCUUGCUCGGUCAUCCCAGCCUUUAGUUGGCCUUAUGAUGAAUCUGAGGAGCAAUGCGGAUGAAAAACUUGUUGCUGCACUUUGUACUCAGCCCGGUGGGGCUCGUGGGAGGAGGAAGUUGUACAUUGCUGAUGCACGUCCAAGAAAAAAUGCUCUAGCUAACGGUGCAAUGGGUGGUGGCUCAGAGUCAUCGUCCAACUAUUUUCAGUCCGAGGUCGUCUUUCUGGGGAUUGACAACAUACAUGCAAUGAGGGAGAGCCUUUCUCGGUUGAGAGACUACCUGGAUACUCAUGGCACUACUUCAUCAGAUGGAAUGUCGUCUUUUCUGAGGCAUGGCGGUUGGACAUGGGGUGGAGGCAAUCUCAGUAGUAUGUCUGCUUCUGUAUCUGCCUUUGGGGACAGUGGUUGGCUGACUCAUGUACAGAGUGUCCUGACUGGUGCUGCCUGGAUUGCGGGACAUGUUGCUUUAGAAUCAGCAUCUGUUCUUGUACAUUGCAGUGAUGGAUGGGACAGAACUACUCAGCUGGUUGCACUUGCUAACUUAUUGCUUGAUCCAUACUACCGAACUUUUUCUGGGUUUCAGGUGCUUAUUGAAAAGGAUUGGCUUGCAUUUGGUCAUCCAUUUGCAGACCGUAUUGGAAUUCCAACUGUAUCUGGAAGCAGCAAGAUGUCAUUUGAAUUAACACGACAAGCUUCUGUUGGGAGUUUUCCACCCUCCCCCAGUCGGCAAUCAGUGGGAUCGAGUCCAGCUCCCAGUGCUUCUCAUGCACAGAACAACUGUUCUCCAAUAUUUUUACAGUGGGUCGACUGUGUUUCUCAGCUACUACGGAUCUAUCCUUUUGCUUUUGAGUUCUCAUCGGCUUUCCUGGUUGAUUUAUUGGAUUGCAUGAUGUCUUGCCGUUUCGGGAACUUCUUCUGUAAUAGUGAAAGGGAACGGCAGCAAAUUAGUAUUGCUGAAGCAUGUGGGUGCAUGUGGGCUUAUCUGGCUGAUGUACGCUCCUCACAAGGAAGGUCUCAUGGUCACUACAACUUAUUUUAUGAUCAACUGAAACAUGAUGGUCCCUUGUUGCCUCCGGCAGCAGCUUUAGCUCCUACCUUGUGGCCUCAAUUCCAUCUUCGAUGGGCCUGCCCAUCAGAAGCACAAGCUGGUGAUGAGCUUGAAGAUCGCUGCAGAGAAAUGUCUCUCCGAUUUAAUGAACUACAUAAGGCAAAAGAAAUAGCAGAGAAGAAAGCUGCUGAAAUGACCAGUGCCUUUGAAUCAUUGUCAGUGGAGUUGCGGCAUGAGAAGCAGCUGAGUAGCUCAUCUAUGGCCUUGGCCAAGAGAGCCAGCAAGGAAAGUGCAGCCAUCAGGCGAGCCAUACAGUCCCUGGGGUGCAACGUUCAUUUCGCCAGUGGUGGUGGUACGGACAUUGAGACCAGUAGGCCAUUGGAGGAUAGGCUAACAAGUGGAGAAUCAAACGGCCAAAAUGACGGGUCGGAUCUGUCGGUUUCAAUUUCGAUGGUGGCAGACGAGAAUGUUUCUUCUGCUAGCAAUCCUAUCAGCCGGAUAUGUCAAACUUUGUGCCCACAAAGUACGCGCGAGGGAGGAUGCAAAUGGCCCGAUGCUGGUUGUGCUCAGCUUGGCAGUCAGUUCGUUGGACUGAAAGCAAACUAUGAUGCCUUUGAUAGGCUUUCUAUAUACGAUAGCUAUUUCCAAACGGAUUGAAUGGCUGGGGUUGUUCGAUCCUUCUUUCCUGCAGAUCCAGAGACGAACAACCCAUUUAUCUCAGGUCCACCGUUCUCACUCCCAGCCUCGAUCAUCAACACUGACUAGGAAGAUUUCAAGAAAGCUUGGACAGGAAAUGGUGGGUUGCCAAUUGCGAGCAUAGGCCGAAGUUGGUGACAAGAGGUGUUGCCCCUGUGUCCCGACGAUUGUUGGCUUUGGAUACAUGUAAGCCGUAAGCUAUAAUGCCGAGUCAGGGAGGGGUGAACGGUGACACCGUGCUGUUGUUAGUGAGGUCUGGUGAGCUUGACCGGUAGGUGACAGUCUUCAUUUCGCCUUUCUUUUGCCGUUCAGGAUGAGCUCCGCCCUCAGCAGUCGAUUCAACGGCUCCAGCAUGUUGAAGACCACAACUAUUAAGGAAACGGGGAAAAGAGAGAGGGAAGUCCAUCAGGAAGGUAGUGCAGUGAAAGAUAUGGGAGUUGCAACAGAGAAGUGAAGCUGCGAAUUAGAGAAUCAAGUAGAAGGGGGUAAUGAUGUACCUGGGAUUCCAUUCUCUUCGCAGUAGGUAAUCGCCAUCAUGUCCAUCGAGGUAGCACCCCCAGAGACCACGUCUCUGAAUGAUAUGUGAUCCAGUAUCAUAUUGCUAUUACUGGUUUGCCAAUCAUCAAUGCCAUUUACGUUAGUGCCUUUGAGCAGAGCAUCUGCAUUGACUGAUAAGCUCUUAGGGCUGCUGCUGUGUCGGUUGUAAACAAAGGGUUGCCAGCCCCAGCACCCACCCCACCAAAUAUGACCACUCUCCCUUUCUCAAGAUGUCGGAUAGCUCGUUGCCUGCUAUAAGGCUCAGCGAGCUCUGGCAUUGAAAAUGCACUUUGCACGCGAGUCUGAAUUCCCAGUUUCUCUAAAGCUGAUUGCAGCAAUACAGAAUUCAUGACAGUUGCCAUCAUGCCAAUCUGGUAUGCUGUAGGUCUGUCCAAGCCAGUGGCAGAUAUCCAUGAAUCUCCACAAAAGAAGUUACGACCACCAACAACAAUUGCCACCUGCAGUCCAAGGCGACAAACUGUUGACACUUCACUUGCUAUCUGCAUUGCAACCUUCGGAUCAAUAUUCUGGCAGUUACCUGCCAGAGCAGCACCGCUGAUUUUGAACACAACUCUGCGCCAUUUCAAAUUCGGCAUUGAUUUAGGUUUCAAGUUGUUUGCUAAGGCAGAACUGGUCGGGGCUUACCUUUUAGUCUGCCUGACGGUCGUCAACGUGCCGCCAUUCACAACAGGAACCGCCACUGCGAUGGGACUGGGUUCACUACUCUCUGCAACAGCUCCACCGCCACCAGCGGAGACGGCUUUAGAACCAGAAGAUGAACUCCCGAUGAUGGCUCCAAUCUGCUUGAACCAAUGCCAAUUGCUAGCCACAUUACCUCCAAACCCACCACCGCUGAUCCUCUGCAGCUCCACUUUAUACCUCUUCUUCAGAUUAUCGAUCUUGUUCUUGCACUGCUCCACGCUCUUCCUGUUACCGCUCCCGCCCCUCUCGCUCACCGACUCCGCCACCUCCUCCCAAUCCCUCCCCCGCAGGUUCCCGCGGUUCAGCUGGCUGUACUUCACCGUGUAGGCGUCCAGCAGGCACGAGAUCGCCGUGUCGCUCCAUUCCUCCCUGUCCUUGCGGUAAUCCGCACGGUAAUCCGGCGUCGCGGCGGUGUUAGCGGUCGAUUCCGGUUCCGCGCCGUUGCCGUUCGCUUUCUGCCUUUUGCUGCUGCUGCUGUUGUUGUUGUAAUAGAAUUGCUGCUGCUGCGACGACGGCGGCUGGUGGUGGUGGUGGCUCCGUUUCGACGACGGAGUUGUUGGAGCUCCGGAUCCGGACUUUUCCUGGUCGGAGUCGGGGUAGGUCGGGUAAUAAUCUCCACCGUGGACGGACUCGGAGUCGGGGUGGACGUCGGCGGGUGCGUGAGGAGGCGGAGGAGCGUGCGGAUCGUCGAUUAAUGGGAAAUCGUCGGUGGCCAUGAGAUUUGGAAAAGACGGCAGGGGAGAGAGAGAGGGAGAGAUGACGACGUUAGGGUCAAGGUGACGGAGGGGUGGCGGAGUGAGCAAAGGAGUGAGAAACGUUAGGGUUGAUGCCAGCCAGUGACGG